AUGGAGAAUAAGGAAAUGGAAAGUGAAAAUAACAACAAAGAACCUGUCACGGAAGAGCAAGUGAAAAAGGAAGACCAAGCGACGAAGAAGGACCCGGAAAAUUCCGAGGAAAAUGAAAUGCCACUUGCUAACAGUGUCUCCUUGGGGAAGCACCUCCUGAGCGGGAGCUCCUUGAAGAAAGGCAUCAGCGUGAGCGUUAGAGGAAGGGCAGCGAACGCAGGCGCCAACGCGAAGCAAGCCGGAUCUGCAUGGAAAAAGAAAGAGGAAAAAAACAAUGAAGAGGCAGGAGAAGAGAAGGAGAAAAAAAUAGACGACGAGUCCUUCCCAGAUUUGCUAGAAUCAACGGAAAAAAUAAAAUCCGAAUUGUCCAAAGAUAAAGAUAAGAAAAAAAAACAGUUGAAAGAUUUUAAAAAAGGAGAUGAACCCUUUCUAAAUGAUAAUGCUGGAUUGGAAAAAAUGAAAAUCGAAGGUUUCCCUGAAAGAAAAAAAUUUGGAAUGAAUAUGUUUGGGGGCCAAGGGAAAAAUGAGAAUAACCAGAAGAAGUGGUUUGAGGGAUCUGCUGAUUUGACUGCAGGAAACAAUAAUGUUCAGAAUGAGAACAACGAGAAGGCGGUUAAAAAUGGUUACAUUAUGCCCGGGUUUAGGGGGAAGCAUAUGAUUGGCUUUAGAUGCUUUUUAAAGCGCGGGUUACAAAACCCUGCGCCACCUCCUCCCACAACGUUACCACAGGAGGAGAAUUUCUUCUUGGAAAAUAUAGAGAACAGGGGCGGCAUGCAGAAGAAGAAUGCAAGGAUGGGACAACAGAUGGGUCAACAAAUGAAUCAACGCAUGAACAUGCAGAUGAACCAACCCGUGAACAUGCAAAUGGGCCAACCCAUGAACAUGCAGAUGAAUUUCCCUAUGAAUAAUAUGCCACCCAAUAUGCAAGGAAAUAACAGUCAACAGAGGAAUAAUCAGAACAACCUAAUGAACAACUUAGAAGGGGCAUUAGAACGGGGAGGAGCAACAACAGCAGGAGGGGGGGUUGACCAGGCUAAUCACCGAUUCGCUUCCAUGGCCCCACAAAAUAAUCAAAACAAAUUCAAUGAUAACGGAGGAAAUAUGAUGAGGGGAAAUAAUUUCAAUAGGGGUGGAAAAAACUUUACAAACAAUAAUAACAACAACAUGCUUAAUGCUGAAGACAUGAUGAAUGCUAAAGGGACUAAUAACGCAUCCGCCGGACAGGGGAACAAUGUAAAUCACAUGAGAAGGAAUGAAAAGAGAGAGGACAGAAAUUUCAGAAGAAGGGAUAUAGAUACUGAAAGCAACUGGAGAGUUGCCAGUUCCGCUAAUAAGAACCCUGGGGGAGGUAUGAGCAAUGGAGGUAAUAACAGUGGAAGCGGUGUGAAUACAGGCAGCAUGAGUGCAAGCGGGAUGAACCAGAACGGGAUGACCACAAAUGUGGUGGGAGGCAACUUGGGAAACGGCCAAAUGUCCAACAUGAACAUCCAGGGUGCAGCAAACAUGGCCGGAAAUAACCAAAACAUUUUUGUAAAGAGCAACGAAGAGGCGAAAAACAACAACGCCUUCAAGGGUGGUAUGAUAAAUGAGGGGGAGAAUGCACAAGGGAGUGUGAUGGGGAACGAGAUGGGUGGAGAAGGCUUUGGCAAAAUGGCCAACUUUGCAAACACGAACAACAACAACCAGCAAUUCGAUUUUAACAGGAAUUCUUUCGAGGGAGACAUCGCUUCGGGCAACAACGUGAUGCAUUCGAUGGAUCUGAGAAAAGCCAGGAUGAGAGAGAUGAGAAAUGUGAAUGAACAGAAUAGCAAUGUAAAAGAGGGAUAG